GUACUGUUCCUUUAAGGCGUAGGGCCUGCCCGAGGCAUUCUGGCCCUCGCCGCGCCCCGUAGCGCCGCUCCGAGAGGCCGGCUUUGUGCUCUGGCCCCGCCCCCACGCCGCGGCGGCCCUUUCGCGCACGCGCACUGCCGGCUCCGCGCCGCCUCAUCGAUCUCGGCCCGGCUCCCGCCCAGGCGGCGGCCGUAGCGACUCCCGGGGCGCCCUGCCCGCUCAGCCCGCCGCGGCCCCGCAGGUCCCCCGCUGUAGGCUGCGAUCAGCCCAGAGCCCUUCCUGCCGAGUGUUGUGUGUGGAGCUGUGAACCCGUUGCCUGCCUCUCCCUGCUGCUGGGUGGGCCUCGGAGCCAUGGCAACGGAGGAGAAGAAGCCAGAGACGGAGGCUGCCCGAGCGCAGCCCACCCCCUCGUCGUCGGCCACGCAGAGCAAGCCUACACCUGUGAAGCCAAACUAUGCCCUCAAGUUCACCCUGGCCGGCCACACGAAAGCCGUGUCCUCCGUGAAAUUCAGCCCCAACGGGGAGUGGCUGGCCAGUUCGUCUGCAGACAAACUCAUUAAAAUCUGGGGUGCCUACGAUGGGAAAUUUGAGAAAACAAUAUCUGGUCACAAGCUGGGAAUAUCAGAUGUGGCCUGGUCCUCGGAUUCUAACCUCCUCGUUUCUGCCUCAGACGAUAAAACCCUAAAGAUAUGGGAUGUGAGCUCGGGAAAGUGUCUGAAAACCCUGAAGGGACACAGUAAUUAUGUCUUUUGCUGUAACUUCAACCCGCAGUCUAACCUCAUUGUCUCAGGCUCCUUCGAUGAGAGCGUGAGGAUAUGGGACGUGAAGACGGGGAAGUGCCUCAAGACCCUGCCUGCACACUCGGACCCCGUCUCCGCCGUCCACUUCAACCGCGACGGGUCCCUGAUCGUGUCCAGCAGCUACGACGGGCUCUGCCGGAUCUGGGACACCGCCUCUGGCCAGUGCCUCAAGACAUUGAUCGAUGACGACAACCCCCCGGUGUCCUUCGUCAAGUUCUCCCCGAACGGCAAGUACAUCCUGGCGGCAACCUUGGACAACACCCUGAAACUCUGGGACUACAGCAAAGGGAAGUGCCUGAAGACUUACACCGGGCACAAGAACGAGAAAUACUGCAUCUUUGCCAACUUCUCCGUGACUGGGGGGAAGUGGAUCGUGUCUGGCUCGGAAGACAACCUGGUGUACAUCUGGAACCUGCAGACCAAGGAGAUCGUGCAGAAGCUGCAGGGCCACACAGACGUUGUCAUCUCGACGGCGUGCCACCCGACAGAGAACAUCAUCGCCUCGGCCGCGCUGGAGAACGACAAGACCAUCAAGCUCUGGAAGAGCGACUGCUAGGCCCGCACCGCGGCCGGGACGCUACCGACCGGCAGGGCCAGAGCCCGGGGUCUCCUGACCCAGGCUGGGGAUGGGGGCGGGGCCUGGGCCCCUCUGAGGACCUUGUGGCCGAGGGGGGAGAGGUCUCACCAGAAAGUUCUAGAAGGUGACGUUCUUGCCAGUUCCUCUGGCUGGGAAGAGUUCCCAGUCUCUUGUGUUCCGUCAACAAGACUUCAUUUUUGUUUCAGAAGGUGAGGCGGUUCAGUUUAUCGCCGUGUUUCCCCAGGAAAUGUUCUGUGCUGUUUUGAUGUUUUAUUCCCAUGCCAGCGCUGUGACCCGUCACCUCUCGGCCUCUCUGCCAGUCUCUGCAGGUCCCAGUCAUUCCCGUGUGGGUGUCGAACCCAGACCCUGUGAGGCUGCCUGGGAACCUGGGGCUCGGUGCUGGUGUGUGGUGCCCACGCAACAUGCCGCCCCUCAGGCGGGACGCAGAGGGCCUGGGCCGCAUGGCAGCGCCCGGCACCCUGUCCCUGUGUGAGGCAGGUGAGCGGACCUGUCCCGCACGGGCCCGCACUUUACACUGCGCGGGCGGGGAGAGCUCCGGGGGCUGGCUGCGGCGGAGCCCGCCCCCAACGUCCUGCUGAACGUUGCGGAUGGCUCUUGGGGUGGCCCCUCAGUUCCCCGGCGCCGGCUCUUCUCCGAGGGACCUCUUGCCGGCUGAGGCCCGGCAGGCUUCUUGGAGGCCUCGGCGGCAGGGAGCCGGGUCUGUCAUCCGCCCGCCUGGCCCAGGAGGAGUGGGCAUGAGGCCAGGACUGCAGAGCAGUUUGUGGCAGUGGCUGGUUCCUGGGGACCCCUGAUGUAGCAAGUGUCCCGUCCCCCCUCCCCACCCCAGUCUGCAGCACAGACUUCGGUGGAGGCGGGAGGGAGGUGCAGUCUCACUGAGGCUGGGUGAGCAGACGCUGACAUCCAUCCACAGCCUCGGUCUCAGCCCCUGCUCUCCUGAAGCUCAGGCCCUGGUUUUGGGGUUCGGGACGGUGCUAAGUGGUGAUGGGCUGUGAGGAAGUGGGGGCCACCCUCAGGCCGCCUGGGAACCCCCUGGUGGCCACUGUGGCCCAGGGCGAGUAUCACAGUUCUGAAGGCUUAUGGGGCGGCAGUCACAGACCUCGUUGGAAGUACGGUGUUCGUGGCUUGUCUGUGGGGCACGGCCGCAGGGAGAGGGUGAGGGCUCGGGCCGGCCCGGCCCUGCCCUGCCCGGCUCGGAGCGUCCUGAUUGGAGAGCUGAGGCUCCGGGGGCUUGGCUGGCGGAUCCUAAGGGAGGUCCCUGAGGAGGGAGGUUGUUCCUUGUUUUGUUGCUUCUGGGGUCGGGUUGCCCCGGGAGGAGGGGUGUGUGCGGAGCACCGUAUCCUGAAUAUAGUGUAUUUUUUCUACAUUGCAAUUCUCUGUUGUAGAUUUAUGUAAAGACAUUCACUUUUUGGAAAUAAAGAUUUUCAUGUCUUGUA